UGGAUAUAAAGGGUGGAAGUGGGAUAAUAAAUUACAAAACACGUGUCUUAAAGUGAUACCAUAUCUAAUUCCUCUCUCCAUUAGGUAAGCAGGUCUAAAUAAUGUGAUUUAAUUACACUUAUUAUUGUACUGUAGAUUGGUUAAAUCAGAGUGUGAUUUUGCCCAGUGAGUUUUCUGUCCUACUGUAUACAGUAGAAUAAACCAAGACCGAUUUUUAAGGUCACAGUGAAAUCUGACAGCAUAAAUAUGAACUUUACCAAAAUAACUGUAUUUUGUAUGUAUUUAUUCUGUAUUCAAUAAGCUACAUUAAUCUUACUGUCAUUUCUACUAUAAUGAUUGACCAGCGUCUCAAAGAGAGGCUAUGCUUACACGUAUGUCGGUAAUUGAUGCCAAUACCCAAGCAUUAUACUGUAUUUAAGAAACAUGAUUAUAAUUGCAAAACUUCUUAGGAAGCCAAUUUAUGUGUUAUUUUCACUCUUCAUCUGUUGUGAAGGGCUGAAAAUGGAAUGUUUUAAUUUUCCUGUUCUAAUUAAAGAUGUCUUUCUUUUUUUUUGCAGGGCGUGGGGUGUUCGCCAUAGGUUCAUUCUCCAAAGGAGAUUUUAUAGUGGAAUACAGGGGAGAUUUGAUAAGCGAAGGUGAAGCUCAAAAGAGAAGAAUUUAUAACCCUGCAUGUUCUGGAUUUUUGUACGCGUUCAAGUUGGGAGGCAAAACAUGGUGCAUUGACGCCUCGAAGGAAGAUGGUUCUUUCGGCCGCCUGGUGAACGAUGACCACAGACAUCCCAAUGCCAGGAUGAAGAGAAUAGACAUUGCAGGAAGCACACACCUCUGUCUUUUUGCUCUCAAAGACAUAAAAGAUGGUGAAGAAAUUGCACAUAAUUAUGGAGGAGAGGACUGCCCAUGGCGAAAGCAGAUGACUACAUGUGAACCUGAGACGUCCUGUGUGAGCUCCCAGUCUGUGCUCAUGUCAGAGCCACAGUGGGAUGAAGCUGCCUGGUUAGAGGACACUGGUCAACAGAUGACUACAUGUGAACCUGAGACGUCCUGUGUGAGCUCCCAGUCUGUGCUCAUGUCAGAGCCACAGUGGGAUGAAGCUGCCUGGUUAGAGGACACUGGUCAACAGAUGACUACAUGUGAACCUGAGACGUCCUGUGUGAGCUCCCAGUCUGUGCUCAUGUCAGAGCCACAGUGGGAUGAAGCUGCCUGGUUAGAGGACACUGGUCAACAGAUGACUACAUGUGAACCUGAGACGUCCUGUGUGAGCUCCCAGUCUGUGCUCAUGUCAGAGCCACAGUGGGAUGAAGCUGCCUGGUUAGAGGACACUGGUCAACAGAUGACUACAUGUGAACCUGAGACGUCCUGUGUGAGCUCCCAGUCUGUGCUCAUGUCAGAGCCACAGUGGGAUGAAGCUGCCUGGUUAGAGGACACUGGUCAACAGAUGACUACAUGGGAACCUGACACGCACUGUGUGAGCUCCCAGCCUGUGCUCAUGUCAGAGCCAAAGUGGGAUGAAGCUGCCUGGUUAGAGGACACUGGUCACCAGAAGAGGAAACUGUUGGAGGCACGGAGGGGGAAUCAAAUCCCAGCAAAACAGAGACGCAAACUGCCACCAGCAGAAGAUGGAGCAUCUUCUACAGUCUGUGCUGUGAGCCAUGUUCUUCCAAAGGCUGCAGGAAUCGGUCUGUUUCUUUUCUUUGUAAACUGACUCGAUUGCAGCUUUUCUGCACCACCGCCUGGUCUCGUCUGCUUUCUAGGUGAGGCGUAGUUCCUCUUGCGUGUUUCAACUAACCUAUUUGUUUGUCCCUGUGAUGACGUUAAUUUUCAUGGCUACUUGGAUGCAUGUUAAUGCAGGAGUCAACCAACAGACUGAGAGUGGAACACUCCAAUCAAUCAUUUUUUUAUAGCACCUUUCAUACAGUUAGUGCAGUUCAAAGUGCUUCACAGAUGGCUGAGAAAGCAGAUAAUAGGACAUAUAUUAAUUGAAGAUGAAAGAAAGAUUGCAGACAAAGGAAUUAUGACAAGAAAAUUAUAAUGUUAAAUAAGAAAAAGAAAGCUGCCAUAAUAUCGAAGACAUAAUGCUACUGUUGCUAAAAAACAAAAAUAAGGAAUUAAUAUUAUAGUCUCUAAAUGAAAGUGUGUGGCAUGUAAUACAAUAAAAAGUUUUUAGUUGACACUUUACAAUAAGGUGUACUAAUGAGCAGAUCACUGAGGAUUGUUGAUGCAGGACAUGAAACUUAUAGGAACUGUAUCUCCUUCCUGAUACUUUCAUGUAAACAUCUGUUUUUCUACUCAUUUACAGGAAAGGCUCCACUCAAAAGGGAACCAUGGCAGCCAGCAGAGAUAAAGGCCGUCGAGAGGCACAUAAAGGCUUUAAUACAUGCUUGCACUGUGCCAAAAAUGUCUAACUAAACUAAAUCUGUAGGUGGCGAAGAAGUUAAAGCUGCGUCACGCUUUGAACUAAACACUUUUUCCAUCUAGUGUCGACUGGGUUUUUGGAUUGUCGGUGCCAUUAAAGUAGCAUUAAUAAUCGUCGUAAUAAUCCUAACGAUUAUUAAUGCUACUUUAACGGCAUAGACAUUCCAAAAACCCAGUCGACACUAGAUGGAAAAAGUGUAUAGAACAAAACGUGAUGCAGCUUCCCUUUUUUUCUUCGCAACCUACAGACUUUGUUAUGUACGAUUAUUCAAACACGCCAUGUUAUUUAAUAUAGACAUUUGACCGAGGGAAACGGAGCCUCAGAGGUCGAACUUAUUCUCUCGAGGUCUAUGUGACUUCCAUUUAUAUUGUGACUAUUCUGUAUCUUGAUGCCUCUUCCUGGCCCACAAGGAUACACCAGCAGGUUCUGACAUGUAUUAACCGCACUCUGAUGGCUCGAGUCUGUGCGUGAUGUGUGUCUAUGCUAAUGUAUGUAUGUGCUGGUAUACUUUUAAAAAUAAAGUAUCAAUGCAUCUAAUUCUCCAUCCGUCUCUGGUGCUAUUUACUGUGGACCCACACCUGUUUGGGAGAUCCCUCCCAUGUGUGAGGGUGGCAUCGAUGGUGUUGGUAAAAUAAAAACCCAUACACACACAUAGUGCACGGUAAUAUCAUGAAAUAAGUUGGUAUCACGCCACAUAUAGAUGGUGGAUGGCCAAGAGGAACAUUUGCAGAGGGCAUGGCCGCCCCUGGUUCCAGGGGCUCUCGGAAAUUGAGAGGUUAAAACACCUUGGCCCUCUGGCUAUACUCUAUAUACUCUCCUCGGGCUAUAUAUAUUUAUGUACAAUCAGGUCCCCAUUAGUCACCAAAUAAUCUGUGUGAAAUAUUCUAAUUUAUGUAAAUGAUGUCCCCUGAAAGCAUG